CAGAAAAUCCAUUUUUCUCGGCUCCAAAUGGGUUCACGGCCAAAAAACUCGAGUAGCUUGCGGCUGAGAAGAUCGAGAAGAAAUUCUUCCAAUGAAAAACGACCAAAAAAUGGAGUAGAUAACAACAGUACCAAUGCCGCCGGCGACGAUAAUUCCAUUUCAAUAUCGGAAAAAUUGGAAGCUCUGAAGCAACUUCUCCCAGUCAACAAUGGCGAAUUAAAAGCAGAUCAGUUGUUCGAAGAAACAGCUGGUUAUAUUGUUCUUCUCAGAACUCAAAUCUUCGUUUUACAGAAACUGCUCGAUUUUUGUGACGAUGCAUCUGGUCAGUCUCAACAUAUUAAUGCUGUAUAGUUAGUAGUAAUUAUUUCCUAAUCAAACAUUGCUCUCUUUUUCUUCUUAUAAUUUUUAUUCUUAGUAGUUAGGUUCUCAAUUGAAGGUGAGUUAUGGUAGAGUUUUACAUUUCUUUGAAUCUGAGUUUAAGCGCUGCUGAGCGUAUAUUUCUGUAAUGUCCCUAAUGGGAAUAUUUCAUUCAGAUGAACUAUAUAUUAUGCUUUAAACAA